UAUACACUAAGGUCAAUGCCUUUCCCAAUGAGUGAUGUGUCCCAGGCUUACCGCAGUAAUCCAGAAAAAACCGAGGAAGCACUGCAGAAAAUACAAUCGUACCUCUUACGGAACAAUCAGAUUAGGAAAUUUUCGCCAGAGCAGGCCUUUCGAUUGCAAGAGAGAAUUAUAACUAGUUCCACACAGCAGAUGGUGGACAGUAUGUGUGAAAUGGUGGAAGAAGAUUUGAACAUCAUUAACAAAGACUCUAUGAAAGAAAAGCAAGAAGAUGUGGUAUUUGCUGAAGAAGUCAUAAAGGAUGCUAAGACAUUAACCACUGUGUUACCAACCUUGUACCAAGUGGGUAAUACUCCACCUUUACUAAGAGCGGUGCAAAACAAGCUGGAGUCAGUAGCUGAAGAAGUCUCCCAGGCUGUAAAUGAAGAAAUCCAGAAUAUGCUACGCAGGCAGGAAGAAUUGGAGAAUGGUGCAGCUUGGUCCAUCUCCUCUGAUUCUUCAGAUGGUUCUUCCAGCCCACAACUCUCGACCAGCGUUAGACAUUCUCAGAAAACACUGGUGCAGCCAGAAAUACAGGGAGUGGUCCCUAGAAUCACUAUAACAUUUGCACAAACUGAGGAUCCUCAGGCUGCCAGGCCUGAGGUUGCCAAACAGCAAAUGGAGGAGGCAGAGGAAGAGCAGGAGACUGUAAAACAUGCAAUAUUUAAUGGAACUGUACCAGUUUCCCGAACACUCAGCCAUAUUAGUGAGGCAAGCAUAGAUGCUGCAAUGGACUUGAAUGCAUCAAUGAGCACUGAGUCAGAGCCACAGAUCAUUGCCAUAUCGAAUUUACUGGAGUCUUCCCAAGUCUCCGAUGCAGAAGCAGAUCAGCCUGUAACUGACGAUACUGUCAACAAGACACUACCAUCUGAAGCUCCACCAGAAAAGUCAAAAAUCCCAGAAAACACAUGUAGGCUGACAGUGGAGAGUGACACUUUUGUUGCUGCUGUACCAUUGGUUCCGAGUGCUGCCUCUACAGAGGAAAAAACUAAGUUGACUGAUCAGAAAACUGGGCCCACAGAGUAUGGAAAGGUGAAACCUGUAGAUGCAGGGAUCGAGGAAGCUCUGAUGACAUUAAAUUCAACACUAGAUGAUUAUCGUGGCCAGUUCCCAGAACUCCAGAAGUUAGAGCUGGAGGUAAAACGUUUAGAGGAAGUGCUGAUGCAGAGGCAGGGUGUGACCAGGAGCAGAACUUCGAGUAUCAGCCUAACUGUGGAGCAUGCACUGGAGAGCUUCGACUUCCUCAACACAUCCGACAUGGAGGAUUCAGAAUUCUCAGAAGAUGAGGCAGAGAAGAUGGGAAGGCGCAGCAGUAAUGUGCGUGGACUCGCUGCAGGGCCCAGUGAAGCACUAACAGAGGAUACUGGAGUUGGCAGUGGUUCUGAAGGGAGUCCAGUUCCAAUGACAACAGGGAAUGAACACUUGGACCAGGUUCUGAUCGUGCACUUGAAUAACUGCAGCAGACUUCUACUGCAAUUGGGUAUCUACGGACCACUACGAUGCCGGGAGAUUUACGCACUGGACAAGCUUCUAAGAGAGGCGCAUGUUCUCGAGAGAGUGUCCAGACUGAGUGAAGAGAAAUCUGGGAACAUAAGCACUGCCGAGGAGGUCAUGCCACUGCUGAAAGAUAAAACGGUCUUUUCUUUCUGGACACACUGUACCGAGGGCCCGAACUUGUUCAGCGCCACAGUCCAGAGCGUUUUGCAGAAGCUGAACUCAAGCUUUGGGAGCAAAGUGAACGAGCACUACUCUGGCCCAGCAGAAGCAGUUUUUAUUAAAUUAGUGGAAAGGUUUUUGGACAGAACGUUGCCAAAACGCGCUCGAAGUGGAAAUGUGGAACUCCUGACUAUCUUCCAAUACUUGAAUCACAUUGAGGAGCAGAAUGUGCCCUCCUUACCUGCCUAUAUCAUGGAGGUAGCAGAUGAAGUAUUCUUGGUUCAGAAUCUACAGUCCUCUGAUAGGGAUGUGGUAUUGAAGAAUCUGAAACAUCUCUCAGGGACCCAGCUCCAGAAAGAUGGUCUAAAAGCUGUUGGUUUGCUUUUGUUGGAAGACAACACCAAGAUCUGCAACACUGCUGCCUCUGUGCUGAAAAACCUGUCAGAAGAUUCCAAAUUCAGAGAAAAGGCUCUGGUUUGUUACUUGGAACUGCUUGAGGAUGAGGAUGAACAGCUGAGAAAAGUAGGAUGCACAGCACUAGCACAUCUAAAGGCCAAAGAGAGUAUUGAUCAACUAGUCUACCUUUGCCAGACUGAUAAAGAAGUCCGUGAUGUUGCUAAACAGACCCUCCUAACUUUUGGUGAAGAAGGUAAAAUUGCCUACAAACAGAUGGAAGAAUCAUUGGACAGUAUGCAGAUGCUCCUGGGAUCAGUCAGUAUGGCCAGUACAGCUUUCUAACUGGAGGUGCUUAAUGUUUAUCAAAGAAAAUGGCCAGCGUCUUCCUGUAAAGAGCUUCUGAAGCAACAUGGCUUUCUCUUUUAAACCAUCAAGUAAUCUAAAAGCCGAGCUACACCUGGGUUUCUAACUUUUUUUAAUACUUAAGAUGUAGCAGCAUGCAUAACUUUUCCUAGGUUUGGGAGUGGGUUUGGGGGAAGAGGGGAAAUGCUACCAUAUGGAAAAGUCACUUUCACUUUCCCAAAGUAUCUGGGAAACAUUGGCAUAGUGAUGCCAAUUCAUCACAUGAAUGCACAUGUUUUGACAAAAGAAAUCCCAAAAGCCAACACAGAGAAGAUCUCCUGGUAAAAGAAACUAUGACCAAAUUGGGACUCGGUGGAAAUGCACUUUGAACAAUUGAAUGUGUGAAUGAUCCACAUAAGAGUGGUUAACCUUGACGGAGGAAAGACCCUGGCAGACAGAUGACUCUAAAAGCCACAGCUGAAAUAUUUACCUACAAUUCUGCAUGUCUUGCUUCUUGGAGGCAGGAAGCUAAAGUGCUGCUUCACGACCAAGUGCCUAGUGUUACGGUGGAGAGCAUACAAGUAUUACAUGUACAAUAAACAGGUCCAGUCUUUUUUAUUUAAUGUUGAAUUAACUUGCAGUAAGGAGAUAAACUGCAGCUUUGAGUUUGUAAACCUGUCUUACUAUUUUCCACAUGGUGCAGUAAAUAGAUAUACCUUGAUUUUCUAUAUAAAUGUAUUAUGUAAGUAAAAGUGAAUUGUGAUCAUAAAUAAAAUUUCAUUAAAUGCAAUGCUG